AAAACACACCAAAAUGAACACAAAAGGCCAAAGCCAGAGGUUUUAUUAAACCCUGUUUACGUACCCUCACUGUCCAGACAUCCCUUUAACUUGUUUUCCCUCUACAAAUUCACAAAUGCAAAAUUGCAUUCAUCGGAGCUCCGGCAGAAGCUGAACGGAGAAGAAGAAGAAUAAACAAUAUACAAUAAAAAUGAGUACAGUAGAUAAGAUGCUGAUAAAGGGAAUCCGGAGCUUUGACCCGGAGAACAAAAAUGUUAUCACUUUUUUCAGACCUUUAACUCUCAUCGUUGGUCCUAACGGCGCUGGAAAAACAACUAUAAUUGAGUGCUUGAAGGUAGCCUGCACUGGUGAGAUGCCGCCAAAUGCUCGCUCUGGUCAUAGCUUUAUCCAUGACCCUAAGGUGGCUGGAGAGACGGAGACAAAGGGUCAGAUAAAGCUACGGUUCAAGACAGCAGCAGGGAAAGAUGUGGUGUGCAUUAGGUCUUUUCAGCUAACUCAGAAGGCAACAAAGAUGGAAUACAAGGCCAUUGAGAGUGUUCUACAAACUAUAAACCCUCACACUGGAGAGAAAGUUUGCCUAAGUUAUAGAUGUGCCGAUAUGGACCGAGAAAUCCCUGCUCUCAUGGGUGUCUCAAAGGCCAUUCUUGAAAAUGUGAUAUUUGUUCACCAAGAUGAGGCAAACUGGCCAUUGCAAGAUCCAUCUACGCUGAAAAAGAAGUUCGAUGAUAUCUUCUCUGCUACUAGAUACACAAAGGCAUUGGAGGUUAUCAAAAAGCUUCACAAGGAUCAAUCUCAAGAAAUAAAGACAUAUAAGUUGAAAUUGGAGAAUCUUCAGACUUUGAAAGAUGCUGCUUACAAGUUGAGGGAAAGCAUUGCCCAAGACAAGGAGAAAACAGAGGCACUGAAAAAUCAGAUGGAGGAGCUUGAAAAAGAGAUUCAGACUCUAGAUAGUAAGAUCCACCAUACUGAAGCAACGUUAAAGGACCUCCUUAAAUUGCAGGGAGAGAUAGCCACCAAAAAUGCUGAAAGGAACACCUUAGUCAAAGAAAAGGAAAAGCAGUAUGCAGCACUUGCAGAAGAGAAUGAAGACACUGAUGAAGAGCUGAGGGAAUGGAAGACAAAGUUUGAUGAAAGGAUAGCACUUCUGGAAUCAAAGAUUAGCAAGUUGGAGAGGGAAAUGAAUGACACAGAGGCAAAGAGUUCCUUCCUUAAGGAGUCCGUGACAAACUAUAUCGUGGAGAUCAGCAAGCUUCAAGCUGAUGCUGAAGCUCAUGCGGAGUUAAAAAAUGAAAGAGACUUCACUCUCAGGAAGCUUUUUGACAGACACAACUUAGGGGCUGUUCCAAAUGGGUCACUCAGUGAUGAUGUUGCUUCAAAUUUAACAAAUCGUAUAAAACAACGAUUAACACAUCUUGAUAAGGAUUUACAAGAUAAAAAGAAAUCAAAUGAGGCAGAAAUUGCAUCUGCAUGGCAUCAAUACGAGAUUGCAAAUCGCGAAUGGAGCGAAAAGGAGGCGCAAAAACAGGCUAAAGCAGAUAUUAAGAACGGCAUUUUAAAGCGCAUUAAAGAGAAAGAGGAUGAACGUGAUGUGCUUGAAUGUCAGAUUUCUGAUAUUAACGUGGCUCAUCUUGAUGAGAGGGAAAAGAAAAUGCAAAUUGAAUCUGAGAGAAAGUCUAAGCAGCUUGCAGAAAGAGAAUUUGACUUAAACAUAAGGCAAAAGCAGACUGAGAUGUACACCAUAGACCAACAACUGAAGAAUCUCCGUGAUGAAAAAGAUCAUAUGGCCGCUGAGUCUGAGGACAGAAUUAAGCUCUCUCUUAAGAAGGCAGAGUUGGAAAAUCUCGAGAAGAAUUAUAAAAAGAUAAUGAAUGAUAAUAAGGAUAAGAUAAAAGCAGUGUUGAAAGGAAGGCUUCCAUCUGACAAACACUUGAAGAACGAAAUUACUCAGGCACAGAGAGACAAUUUGUAUACGGACGUGGAGAAGCUGAGAAAUGACCAGAGAUAUAUGGAAAAUGAAUAUGCAAGUUUCCAAUUAAGAUGGGCUAAUGUAAGGGAGGAGAAGUCACGAGUAGCAAACAUAUUGGACCAAAUGAAAAGGAUUGAAGAGGAAUUGGAUCGCAUUGUGGAGGAGAAAAAUCAAAUUGGGCUUGAAGAGAAGCAUCUUGCAGAGGCUUUUGGUCCCUUAUUGAAGGAAAAAGACAAACGCUUAAGGGACCAUGAGGAUCUGAAAACAAAACUUGGUGAACAGUGGGAAGAGCAGGCAGAAAUUAAAAGAAAUUAUCAACAGGAAGUUGAUACACUUUUGAAGAUUACCUCUAAAAUUAAAGAGUAUUAUGAUUUGAAGAAAGAACAAAGAUUGAAUGAACUGCAGGACAAGCGAAGACUGUCAGAAUCCCAACUUCAAAGUUGCGAGUCCAGGAAGCAUGAGAUAACAGCUGAAGUGAAAAAAAGUAAGGAGUUGAUGGGGAACCAGGAUGGCUUGAGACGCAACAUUGAGGAUAACUUGAACUAUCGGAAAACUAAGGCUGAAGUUGAUAAGCUUACCCAUGAGAUUGAAUUACUGGAAGAUGAAGUGUUGACGUUGGGUGGCUUUUCCACUGUUGAAGCUGAGCUUAAAAAGCUUUCACUCGAAAGAGAGAGGCUACUUUCUGAGUUAAACAAGUACCAUGGCACUGUAUCUGUUUAUCAAAGCAAUAUCUCCAAGAACAAAGUCGAUCUUAAGCAGGCACAAUACAAGGAUAUUGACAAACGCUAUUUUGAUCAGCUAAUCCAGCUUAAGACUACGGAGAUGGCAAACAAGGAUUUGGACAGAUAUUACAGUGCCCUUGACAAAGCACUGAUGCGUUUUCACACAAUGAAAAUGGAAGAGAUAAAUAAGAUUAUCAGGGAACUGUGGCAACAAACAUACAGGGGCCAGGACAUAGACUACAUAAGCAUUCAUUCAGAUUCUGAAGGAUCUGGUACUCGAUCUUAUAGCUAUAAGGUUUUGAUGCAAACUGGUGAUACUGAGCUAGAAAUGCGAGGGAGGUGUAGUGCUGGCCAAAAGGUCCUUGCAUCACUCAUCAUACGGUUGGCAUUGGCUGAAACGUUUUGUCUCAACUGCGGAAUUCUUGCACUGGAUGAACCUACCACAAACCUAGAUGGCCCCAACAGUGAGAGUCUUGCUGCAGCUCUGUUAAGAAUUAUGGAGGACAGGAAAGGCCAAGAGAACUUUCAACUAAUUGUCAUUACACACGAUGAGCGAUUUGCUCAAUAUAUUGGUCAACGCCAGCAUGCAGAAAAGUAUUAUCGCAUCACAAAAGACGACCAUCAACACAGCAUAAUUGAAGCUCAGGAAAUAUUUGAUUGAUAUCGCAUGGUUUCAGCCUCCGAUGGUAUUAUAUAUUAGAAGCUUCACAGCUCGACUUGGUACGUAUUGAAAAACUGGAAAUCCACCAUAUGAUAGAAACUGGAUAGGAUAGUCUCAUUUUUCCCAUUUUUGUAUUUAUGUGUUCUGUAAAUUAGUGUUUAUGUAAUCUUAAAUGAUCUUCAACUCUGCAUUUCCCCUGGCAUUCUAGGGAAAGGUUUGCAAUACACAAGGGCUCGUUUGGUAAGAUGCAUUAGAAAAGAAUACCUUAUUUGAUAUGCUUUUUUAA